AUGAAGAUUAUUACAUGGAACAUAAGGGGCUUCAACAGUCCCUUGAAACAGAAUGGGGUAAUCAACCUCAUGAAGAAAAAUAAAGUUGACAUAUUUUGUAUUCUGGAAACUAAGCUGUCUUCCGAAAAUUUGGAGAAGUUGAUGAAUAAAAAAUUUAGUACAUGGAGGCAAGCCAAUAAUUUUGAACAACACAGUGCAGGAAGGAUUUUGGUGCUAUGGAACUCUCAGAAAGUUCAGUCACAGAUUCUGGGUUCGAAAGAUCAAGUAAUACACUGCAAGGUUACCUGUUCAGUUACAUCAAAAUGCUUUGCUGUGAGUUUUGUGUAUGGAUUCAACUCGAUUGUAGCUAGAAGCCCUCUUUGGCAGGAACUCAUUGAUUUUAGCCAAAUUUCAGAUCCUUGGCUGAUAAUAGUGGAUUUCAACUGUGUCCUUUCCCCAGAUGAGAAGCAAAAUGGGGUACCAGUCACAGCUUAUGGGGUAAAAGAUAUAAAUGACUGUUUUUGUGAAGCUGGGCUGAUGGAUUUGAACUCUUCGGGCUGUCUCCUUACUUGGUCGAAAGGCAAUGUCAGGUAUAAAUUGGAUAGAGCAUUGGUGAAUCACAAAUGGCUUAUAUCAGGGUAUAAUGCUCACACAGAAUUUCAGUUUCCUAGAGUGUACUCUGAUCAUUCUUCAUGCAUUGUUUCUCUGUUUGAAGAUGUGAACUGUGGAAGGAGACCUUUUAAAUUUUUCAAUAUAUGGGUGAAUCACGAAAAUUUUCGGGAGGAAAUUAAUAGGGCCUGGGAUUUGAAUAUCAGAGGUUUUUCUCAAUUCAGACUUAUGAAAAAGCUUCAAGCACUGAAACAGCCCCUCAGGAACCUAAACUCACUGCACUUUUCCCAUAUUUCAAGCAGAGCAGAACAUGCUAUGGAAGAAGUAGUUGAGGCUCAGUAG